ACUUGUAGUGUCAUAUUACUGAGUGUAAUAUUUUAGUAGAUAUUUUGUGUGCACAUAUCAUUACUCUAAAUAUAUUGUAAAAAUUUGCCAUUGUAAUAAAUGUAUUCUGUAGUUCAUUUGUGUUACCUACAUUAUGUACUACCCACUAACUUUAUUGAUUAUUACCAUGUGAAAUUCAAGACCCCACAUAUAAUCAUACACCCCAUACUCAUACUCUAUUAUUCCCUUUAACCACUCUUAUCAAACCCAUCAAAUCUCUAUUCAUUUCCACCUCCAUUCUCAUAGCUCUAAACCAUGGAAAAACUCAUACUUUUCUCACUCAUAAUCUCAAACAUCUUCAUAGGCUUAACACUUGCAUCAUCAAAUCAUUGGAGCAUUUUGAGCCCAAAAUUCAAAAAUGGACUCAUUAAUGACAGCUUAAAAAGGUAUUGUGAGAGUUGGAGGAUCAAUGUUGAGGUGAAAAACAUUAUGGGAUUUGAAGUUGUUCCACAAGAAUGUGUAGAAUACAUUCAACAAUACAUGACAUCUUCUCAAUACAAGGCUGAUUCUGAAAUGGCCUUAGAAGAGGUCAAACUUUACCUAAGUGGCUCUUGUACUACUUUGGAAAAUGAUGGUAAAGAUGCUUGGAUUUUUGAUGUUGAUGAUACUAUGAUUUCCACUAUUCCUUACUAUAAAAGGCAUGGUUUUGGAGGGGAGAAACGUAAUACAACCUCUUUGGAAACAUGGAUGAAAAAGAGAAAAGCACCAGCUCUUAAACACACACUCAACAUUUUUCAUGACAUCAAAGAUAAAGGGCUUAAGAUCUUUUUGAUCUCCUCAAGAAGCGAAAGUCUUCGAUCUCACACCGUUGAUAAUCUCGUCAGUGUUGGAUACCACGGAUGGACUAAACUCUCGUUAAGGGGUUUGGAAGAUGAACAACUUGAUGUGAAAGAGUACAAAUCGAAGACUAGACAACGAUUGGUUGAUGAAGGGUAUCGCAUAUGGGGCAUCGUUGGUGAUCAGUGGAGUAGCCUCGAAGGUUAUCCAAGUGCAAAAAGAACCUUCAAACUCCCCAACUCCAUUUAUUAUUUGUCUUAAAAGCUUUAACAACUCUCUUGUUUGUGUUACUAUCACAAGAUUGUUGCCCCCCACUUUUGUCUUGUGAAAAGAAAAUUUGCCUUUUGGCUUUGGUUUUGGUUGUGUUCUCUAAAUGAAAUCCACUCUAAUAUGUUGUCACUUUCUUAAGAAAUACCAUAUGAUUAUGCACCAA